ACUGAAUUGAGAAAUUUUGCUCAGCUAGUGCUGGUGACUCUCUGACAGUUAGAGGGAGGACAACAGUUGCAUUGCAGCUCAGGAGGGCAGGCUUUGUGAUUUACUGGCUGUCUUUUGAGCCCUACAUACGGUACCAGCUUUCAAGAAGGGGCAGUAAGGCGUGGUGUUUGCGGGGUAGUGACGAUGGCUGGGGUUGCACUGCUGUCGCAGCUGAACGGCCUGAGCCUGGGGUCGUCCUCUUUUCUCGCUGGCGCUAGCAGAAUACCGUCAGCGUCAACCCCCACUCCCCUGCCCGCCUAUGCACCUUUGAGCAUUGAGGCUGCGCACAAAAAGGGAACGGGGAGUACAAAGAACGGACGUGACUCGAACUCGAAGAGCAGGGGGGUGAAGAUUUAUGGCGAUCAGCCUGCAAAGGCGGGGGCGAUCAUCAUAAGGCAAUGCGGGACGCACAUUCACCCCGGAAAGAACGUCGGUCUUGGAAAGGAUUACACCCUUUUCUCCCUGAUUGACGGUGUUGUCAAGUUUGAAAUGAAGGACAAGAAGAGGAAGAAGGUUAGCGUCUACCCUAGGAUUGAGGAGGAGUCGGCUACCCCCGUCGACAACAGGCGCACGAGGCAAGCAAAGUAUUUCCACGAUAGGCGGGUAGAGAAGAAGAUCGCCAUGGGGUUGUUUGACGCUCCCGGGUCUGAGGCGGAGGCGCUUCCUGUGGCCGCCUAGAUUCUAACAACGGAAGUAUUGUUUUCUUAUUGAUCUCAAAAAAUGCAAACCCAAGCACACCAAUCAUUCGGUUUGAGUAUAAUCAAAAGGUAACGCAUGCUUGGCUUGGUUCAUACAUGCGUUCACGGACUAUGAAAGUGCACAGCAUCUUCUAUUUUGCGGAGUCUGCGCAAAACCGAGCCGGCUCAUUGAUGAGUCGACUCGGCCUGUUUUUAGUGGAGUGCAAUGCCCACUGAAAAGCGGCAUCUUCAUC